CCUCCCGUACCUCGCACAGGAACUGGAGCCCGGGAGCUGGAGGUUGCUGCGGCCGCGGUGGCAGCCGCUCGGACUCCCUGCGGAGCCAUCGCGCGGGGGCUUCCCGGAAGAAGAAAACCAUGUCCUACUCAGAAAAAAAGCUAGUAUUUAGUCUACUAGCAGGGGCUGCCGGAAUAAGUUUGGUCCUGCUUUGGUAUCGCAAGAUGGGAAAACACAGGAAAGCCUUAUACUUGCCUGCAUCUUUGAAUUCGGAGAAUGGUUUUGAUUUGGUAGAUUUUCAACAUGAAAUUCAUAAUGAACGGGGGACAGUGAUGCUUUUACAAGGAAGACAGCUUCAGAUGCUGGAGAAAUUGAAUGGCUUACUGGUAAGUGUGGAAGAACUUAAAAGAGAGGUGAACUUUCUGAAAGAAGCCAUUCCAAAGUUGGAAGAACUUGUUCGAGAUGAACUCCAGGGGAAAACAGAUACUCGCAGGUUCAGCCCGUUACACAGAGCAACAAAGAAGAGGAAAGUUGAGGCAGCACAAGGUGUGCCAGACACCACCAGCUCUGAAGAAGCUGAAAGCGAAGGCGGUUACAUCACAGCUCACACUGAUACUGAAGGUGAAUCUGAAGAAGAAAAAGGAUGGACCAAUUCCUCCACAUAUUAUCUGACUCCAGAGGAGAAAAUAGAUUUAUUUAAUCUUCUACAGGAUGUGGACAGACUGCAUUGUGGUUCAGACUAUGAGAAAAGAGAAAGCUUCGACCUUUUGCUUCAAAAUAAGGAAAAGUACAGAAACUGUGUUGGCUUUCUUUGGAGACUUGCCCGAGCUUACGGAGACAUGUUUACAAUAACUGCAAAUGCUGAAGAAAAAAAGACCUAUGCAUAUGAAGGAAAGCUUGUGGGUGAGAAUGCCCUCAACCUGGAUUCAUCAAAUGCUGAAAGCCACCAGUGGUUUGCAAUAUUGUGUGGCUAUGUGUCUCAGUUUGAAAAUACACAGAACAAAAUCAGGAAUGGCUAUCUGUUUAAGGAGCAUCUAGACAAAGCAAUUGAGCUUAAACCUCAGGAUCCUUUUUUGUAUUACUUAAGUGGAAGAUGGUGUUAUGAAGUGGCUCAGCUGUCUUGGAUUGAGAAAAAAAUAGCUGCUGCUCUUUUUGGGGCUCCACCGACUUCAACAGUACAUGAAGCUUUGCAAAAUUUUCUUAAGGCUGAAGAAAUACAUCCUGGAUAUUCUAAGCACAAUUAUGUCUAUUUGGCAAAGUGCUACAAAGAACUUGGCCAGAGGAGCAAUGCUCUGAGGUGCUGUGAAACUGCAUUGUCAAUUCUGUCUGUCACAAAGGAGGAUAAAGAGGCCGAGGAAGAUUUACAGACUUUACUUCCAUCUCUGAAGCUCUGAUAGCUACAGCAAGAAGAAGCACUUUGGGUUAUGUCUGAUUCUGCAGAAGAUUGCCGAAAACCCAAAACCCAGUUCUGAAAGCAUUCUUAUGUGCCCUUGUUGAGUUCAAUGGGAUUUAUAACCUUAUUGGGGUUAAUACAGGAUGGUGGGGAUAAAUCUUAAACAAGGAGCAUUCGCAUCUAAAGUAAGAAAUGAAAGCUGAUGGACUUGAACUAGCAAAGUCAACAACUUACUUACUUCAAAGACAGAAGAGGGUGGCUGCAGUGUGCCUUAUCCUUCCAUGCCACUGCAAGUCUCCCAACACAAACGCUUCAAUUAUCCACGUGGCGGAUGUGACUCACAUGAAGUGUUCAUCAGUGACCACACAAAUCAACUUAAAUCAUCUGACAAUUGCUGCACAUGUGGUCUCUCUGUGUGGCUGGAAGAAAAUGUCGCUAACUUUGGAAUUAGUUUGAAAUACUAUUUUCCUUCUUAGUGCCCAAAUUCUACUCUUAGACAUCCAAGACCACCUCAUGUAUUUUAUUUUUAAUAGAAUUAAUGUGCAAUGAACAGCUUGUAAAUUAGUGAAUUCACCAUUAGGCAAAUGAUGACAAGAAAUGGAGAACUGGGAAAACAUGCAUCCUUUCUUUUUAAAUGCACUGUGACUAUUUCUCUAAUUUUAAAUUUUACCUCUUUGCUGGGAAUCUCUAAGCAUGAAAUCCACUGCUGGCAAUGGAUAUCUUUGUAGUUGCUGAAUGAUGGGCAUCAGCAAUUUAUUUUAAGCUUCUGUCAGAACUGGGGAACUGUCAGAUAUUGUGGACUCCAGUUCCCAUCAGCCCCAAACAACUUGCCCAGUGGUGAGGUAUAGUACGGGGUAGUUCAUAGGUUCCCCAGCCCUAUGAUGACCAACUAUUUCUGUUGCAAAGAUGAGUAGUAAUAUGAAUGCAUCUUCUUUGUUCUUCUUUCAGAAAGCCUAUAUAUUUUUGUGGGAGAAUAGCACUUUCUGGUGAUUAUUGUAAUUUAUGAAUUAUAAAUACAAUAAAGAUUUUUUAUCCAUCUAA